GGGGAAAGUAAGCUUGGCUUCAGUGAGGAGGGAAGAGACAGAAGCCAGGACAGACAGAGACAACUUUCUUCCACACUCUCUGUAAUCAUUUUUUUCCACGGUGAGCGUGUUUGGUGCGCUUGGAAAGGAGCGCGCAAUCUUUCUAGUCACUUUAGAGGUUUUUUAUGUUUGUGGGGAGGCGCUCCAAAUUAAGAUAAGUGAGAGCAGUGGAUGUGAAAAGCGGCUGAAGGUUUUUAUCACAGAGCCGGAGGAAUGUAUCCAAGUCGGGCAACAGCGGCGGCGGCAGCGACGUGCCAGCGUCAGUGGAGAUGUCCAGCGUGCGCUCUGUGGAUCACACUGCUCCUCCAAAGUGUCCUGGACCUGAGCGCGUCUGGGUCUGAAUUUCCCCAAGACCCCAGUGUGAUAGCUACCACCUCAUGGAACACCUCUAGUGAUGGAUCCCUCUUCAUCCGCCUGGAAUCUCCCCUGAACAACAUCACCACCUCUCUGGGUCAGACGGCCGAGCUCUUCUGUCGCGUGGCUGGCAACCCUCCGCCCACCGUCCGCUGGCUGAAGAACGACGCCCCCGUCGUGCAGGAGCCGCGCCGAGUCUCCUACCGGUCCACGCCGUAUGGAUCGCGACUCCGGAUCCGCAACCUGGACACGACUGACACGGGCUACUUCCAGUGCGUCGCCACUAACAACCAGGGCACUGUGUCCACCACGGGCGUGCUGUUUGUCAAGUUUGAUCCACUCCCUACACCUCUGCCAGGAAGGCCAACGGAGGAAUUUGACGAGGAGGGAUUCUGCCAGCCGUACAGAGGCAUAGCCUGCGCGCGCUUCAUCGGGAACCGCAGCAUCUUUGUGGAUUCGCUGCAGAUGCAGGGCGAGAUUGAGACCCAGAUUACAGCGGCCUUCACUAUGAUUGGCACGUCCAACCAUCUGUCCGACCGCUGCUCCCAGUUUGCCAUCCCGUCUCUCUGCCACUUCGCCUUCCCGACGUGCGACCGCAGCUCGGGAGCGGACAAACCCCGAGACCUGUGCAAGGACGAGUGUGAGAUCCUGGAGAACGACCUGUGCAAGACGGAGUACAUCAUCGCGCGCUCGAACCCUCUAAUCCUGAAGAGGCUGAAACUGCCAAACUGUGAGGACCUGGCUGCCUCCGAGAGUCCAGAGGCUGCAAACUGCCUGAGGAUAGGCAUCCCCAUGGCCGAGCCCAUUAACAAGAAUCACAAAUGUUACAACAACAGCGGGUCAGACUACCGUGGGACAGUCAGUAUGACAAAGUCGGGGCGCCAGUGUCAGCCGUGGAACUCCCAGUAUCCUCACAGCCACACCUACCUGGCUAUUCGCUACACCGAGUUAAACGGCGGGCACUCGUACUGUCGCAACCCGGGGAGCAAGCACGAGGCCCCCUGGUGCUUCACACUGGAUGAAGGAGUUCGCAUGGAGCUUUGUGAAAUUCCCAUCUGUGACCAUAAAGACAGGUCUGGCGGCGGCAACAUGGAGAUCUUGUACAUCCUGGUUCCCAGUGUGGCCAUCCCAUUAGCCAUCGCCUUGCUGUUCUUCUUCAUUUGUGUGUGCCGCAACAAUCAGAAGUCCUCCAGUCCUCCUGCCCCUCGCCAACCCAAACCAGUGCGAGGACAAAACGUGGAGAUGUCCAUGCUCACAACGGCAUACAAGCCCAAGAGUAAAUCUAAAGAGCUUCCUUUGUCAGCCGUGCGCUUCAUGGAGGAGAUGGGCGAGUGCACUUUGGGGAAGAUCUACAAGGGUCACCUGUAUCUGCCUGGCAUGGACCAGGCACAGCUUGUGGCCAUUAAAACCCUGAAGGACAUCUCCAGUACCCAGCAGUGGGGAGACUUCCAGCAGGAGGCUGCAGUGCUGACAGAGCUCCAACACCCAAAUGUGGUGUGUCUGCUGGGUGUGGUGACCCAGGAGCAGCCGGUCUGCAUGCUCUUCGAGUUUCUCCCACAAGGCGACCUCCACGAGUUCCUCAUCAUGCGCUCGCCGCACUCUGACGUCGGCUGCAGCAGCGACGAGGACGGCACGGUCAAAUCCAGCCUGGAUCAUGGAGACUUCCUGCACAUGGCCCUACAGGUGGCUGCUGGGAUGGAGUACUUGGGGAGUCACUUCUACAUCCACAAAGACCUCGCUGCACGCAACAUUUUAGUUGGGGAACAGCUUCACGUCAAGAUCUCAGACUUGGGUCUCUCCAGAGAGAUCUACUCCUCAGACUACUACUGCGUCCAGCCUAAAACGCUGCUGCCCAUACGCUGGAUGUCCCCAGAGGCCAUCACCUACGGCAAGUACACCACGGACUCGGACAUGUGGUCGUUCGGCGUCGUGCUGUGGGAGAUGUUCAGCUACGGCCUGCAGCCCUACUAUGGCUUCUCCAACCAGGAAGUGAUGGAGAUGGUGAGAAAGAGGCAGCUGCUGCCCUGCCCUGAGGACUGCCCGCCAAGGUUCUAUGGUUUGAUGACCGAGUGUUGGCAGGAGGGACCAGGACGUAGGCCGAAGUUCAAGGACAUCCACGCCCGCCUGCGAGCCUGGGAGGGGCUUUCAUCCCACGCCAGUUCGAGCACGCCCUCUGGUGGAGGUAACGCCACCACCCAGACCACCUCGCUUAGUGCCAGCCCCGUCAGCAACCUCAGCAACCCUCGUUAUGCUGCCGCCGCGGGUUACCUCUACCCAGCCCAGGCUAUUCCGUCACCAGGCCAGAUGGCCGCCAUUCCAGCCUGGACACCCAUGGCUGUGCCCCAAACCCACCAGCGCUUCAUCCCCGUCAACGGAUACCCCAUCCCGACGGGAUACGCGGCUUUUCCUGCCCACUUCGCUCCCCCGGCUCCACCCACCAGGGUAAUCCAGCACCACCUGCCGCCUCCGAAAAGCCGCUCGCCCAGCAGCGCGAGCGGCUCCACCAGCACGGGUCACGUCAGCGGCGUCCCCUCCACCACGGGCUCUAACCAUGACGCCAACGUGCCCCUGCUCUCCCACUGCAUCAUGCCAGGGAGCGGCGGCGUUUCAGCCCAGAUGUACGGACAAGUUACCCAGAAGGGGAUGGGACAGCUGGGCCACGUUGAUUCUGACGUACUGAUGUACAAUGACUCGGUCAUCACCGCAGACCUGUAGACACACACACACACACACACACACAUAUGAGAAGUUCUGCCUCUCACCCAGGGACCUGGUGUAAACAAAUCUAACCUGAUCACGCAGAGACAAACAGAAACAGGUCUGGAUGCACAUGUGGGUGUGCAACAAACACUGUCGCAGCUACACAAGUAUACACACAGCUGUUUGACACAGGUUCCAGCAAGUGUACUUACUACCAUGGUUUGAAAAAAAUGUUUGAUAUUUUAACCUCUUGUAAAUACGGUACUUAAGUCCUGAAUGAAUGAAACACAAAGAUAUAUAUUCAAAAGAACAUUUUUUUUUUUAUAUGGGAAAACACUUUAAGGGUGAAAAGUAGCAUGAGCAUCCUGUGUCUUUUCUCCCGUGUCGACGAGUCAAAGGUGUGUUUCGUGCAGGACGUUCAUACGCGUGGCCUUUGAGCAGCGAGUGUGACCCGCUUCUCCAAAUUGUUUCUGAACACGAAAAUACAAAAGUAUUCUUGUACAGCGAAAGAAAAGUGCAUAAAGUGAGCAAGAACGGGAAGAAGCGAGAGAUGUGGUGGGGUUUUACUGAGAAGACCAGUGUCCAACUCGCCAAAUACAAGUAACAAGUAACCUUGCCAUGAAACGAACUAAACUUUAGUUGUUUAGAUUUUUCACAUGGGAGCUUUUCCAACAAAAAUACUUUUGUGCUGAAUGUGACAACUGAAUGUUUUCACUCCACCUCAAAGUGACUCUUCAGCAGCAUGGACGCACACGUGGACCUUUGAUUUCCCACCUCAGGACGUUACAGUCGCGUCCACGCUGAGACUGAACAUUAGAUUCUGCAUCAGCUUCUCUCUCCACUUUCCUGAAUGUUGUGCACCCUCUAUCAUUGUGUCUGCUCUCUUCAUGGUCUCCGUCUUCUCACCUCGCAGCCAAUGUUGGCUUCUGACGUCAACGCCGGCUGCAGAGAACCCUCCUCCAGAUCUACACAUGAAAUCACACAGCAGUUUUAUCCUCACAGGCAGUGCCAAUUUUACUGUCAGUCACAUUAACUGAAGUUUCAGGCCUAUUUUUAAGAAAAAAAAAAGCUUUUUAUUUUUUUUAGAUUGGAUUUGAUAUUUAAAGAUUUUUUAUUAUUAUUUGGUGCUUACAUGUUGAAAGAAUGUCCAGAUUUUUUUUACAGGGCUUUGUCUUUGCAUCAUUUUUACUUCCCCUGUUUUACAUUAUGUAUUGUGCAACUCAUAAUAGUUACAUGCAUGUGUGCAUAUAUGCAUUUACUCUGAUAAUCAUGUUGCGAUAUGAAGACGUGUGUGUGUGUGCGUGUGUGUGUUAGGGCUGAUAACUUCAUCCAAAUUUGAUCUAAAUCGCAAUAUUUGUUCAAGCUGAAAUGUGCGUCAAAGUAUCAUUUGAUAUGAAUUAUUGUGUUUGUUUCUCACAGAUCUGCACAAACAUCACACUAUAAUAAUCAUUUUAAAUGUGUUUUUUCCCCAAAUGAAAAGGAGAAUAAAGAUGUAAAAAAUGCCCAUUCCCUCUGAUAUCGCGAAUCAUAUCGCCAUCACAAUUCCUGUCAAAAUAAUCCCAAUUAGGUAUUUAUUCAAAAUCGUUCAGCCCUAGCAUGUGUGUAUGUGUGCGUGUGUUCUUGUAUAAUGUUACCUCUUUAGAACCUUUAAAACCAGUAGUCCUCAUGGAGACCAAAACCUGGUCCUAAUGUCUGAGGAACUGGUUACAUUUGAACUGUUGUCACGUUAACUGGUCACAUUUGAUUAAGCUGAAGUCGAUGCAGUGUCCUAAGAAGAAUAGCUGUGUGAAUAUGUGUGUGUGUGUGUGUGUUUGGUAAAUGAAAACCUCUCAGUCAACUGCAAUGAUCACAUGAUAAUGGGUGAUGAAGAUGCACGACGAAAUAGGAAGCUUUUGUUUGAUGAGAAACAUUUAUUUUUAGAAGCAGCAGCAGCAGGAGAACGGGUUGUGGUCGUAGCUGUGUCGCAGACAAUCAUUUUGUCUUCGUGUGUUGCACUCGCUGCUGUCGUUUGUCGACUGCGUUACCAAUCUGAUGUAUUUGUCAAGCACACGAGGAUCUCGUGAUGGCAUGAAGAACAAAAGUUCCCAAGAGACAUUUGCUGAAUGUAUAGAUCAACAAGACUUCAGUAUUAAUCCCGUCCUAAAGUCACGCUGUAGAGUUCAUAUUUAAGUCACUCUGAUUCAUAUUAGCCGGACUGAGCUUUAAAUUUGAACGACAUCACCGAUGAACUCCCUGAUGUUAAAUCCAGUUCAAACGUAUCUCAAUCCUUCAAGUUUUCUUUUAGCUUUUUGUUUUUGUAUCUUUUUUGUUUGUUUGAUUUUUUCGUUUGGCACACAUGGAGCUACCUAGGCAUCUUGAGUUUGUGCACACGACCUCUAUCAUGGAAAGGACAUACUGUGUGCGUGCGUGCGUGCGUGUGUGUGCGUGUGUGCGUGCUAUAACAGUGCAAAAACCACUUGUACACAAGACUGUGAAGCUUAAUCAUGUCUAGGUUUUUGGUUGUUUGGCAAAUGACGGAACCUCGUUCAUUUCAUUCUUAGAUAUUUGUUAAAGAACACGGAAAAACACAUUUGAUUUGAAUUUGAUAACGAUGGACCCAUCAGAAGGUUUACAUUCUUAAUCCUUUGACCAAGAGAGGCCUUUGUCUUUGUAUUUUGUCCGAACAUUUUUUGCACAAAUGUUUUGUAUUUUGCAAAAUCAUGUAUUAAAAUGAUGUCGUUUGGUAAAUA